CAGAAUGUCCAAGCAGACCGCAGAGGUAAAGAGGGAUUUGAGUUUAUCGAUUUUCCGCACGGAGGGCAGGAGUUCGUGAUUCGUGAGUGACGGGAAGUCACGUUGUCAGUGAAUGGCGCUGAUUUUCCGGACACGACAGCAGCAUGCAGUACGCACAGAUGCCAAAUACUACUGGACGAAUAAAUACGCUCGUAGAUGAUACUUGCAAUUUAUCAUAGCAGACAAUUAUGAUUGUUACAGAGACAUCUUGAUACUUCCGGUAGCAAGUAAACGUAAGUUGAAUAGACGAAUUAAUAGUUAGAAACGCCGACUAAUUCAACAGAUUUCUCGCCAAAAUCUAAUAAGAUUUAUUUGGCAAAUGUGGAAAGUUAAUGUACUUGGAGGUUCAAAAUGGUAUUUAAGGUUUUGAGAAACUGGAAGCAUUUUCAUACGUAUAUAAUUAGCGAAAAGAAGAGAUCGAGUAUUUACAAAUUAAAGUAUAUUGGCGUUGGAGCAUUGGUAGCCACUGGCGUUACAGUUUAUAAUACAUGCGAUUUUAAUGUUUAUGCUGCUAAGUCAGAUAUAAAUGCCCAAGAAUUUCUGGCAGAACCAAUAACGAGUUUGGAGCAUUUAACAAAACAUCAAAAUGACAUGAAAUCAAAGAUGGAACUUAUGAUAAUGAAAAUUCAGGCAGAAUUUGUUAAAUCGCUCGAAUCUUUCGAAGACGAUAAUUUGAAAUUUAAAGUCGAUCGAUGGUUGAGGAAGGAGGGCGGUGGAGGUAUAACUUGUAUUUUACAAGACGGAACAGUUUUUGAAAAAGCUGGUGUAAAUACCUCCGUGGUUACUGGCACGCUACCUCAGAGCGCUGUACAACAGAUGAGAGCUAGAGGUAAACAUAUGGAUGACGGGCCUUUACCUUUCUUUGCGGCUGGCAUUAGCGCAGUUAUUCACCCUAGGAAUCCAAUGAUUCCAACAAUCCACUUUAAUUAUCGAUACUUUGAAGUGGUAAAUAAUAAUUCGAUACAAUGGUGGUUCGGUGGUGGCACCGAUCUAACUCCGUAUUAUUUGAAUGAAGAGGAUGCAAAACACUUUCAUCGUACUUUACAAGAGACUUGUAAUAACUACGAUCCAACUUAUUACGCUAAGUUUAAAAAGUGGUGCGACGAUUACUUUAAUAUACCUCAUAGAGGCGAAAGACGAGGUAUCGGUGGUAUAUUUUUUGAUGAUUUGGAUACACCCGACCAGCAAGAAGCUUAUAAUUUUGUGGAGUCCUGCGCCAAAUCUGUGAUACCUUCUUAUAUACCACUGGUUGAAAAACACAAAAAUGAUGGUUAUGGCUAUGCCGAACGUCAGUGGCAAUUGUUGAGGAGGGGCAGAUACGUUGAAUUUAAUUUAAUUUACGAUAGGGGAACAAAAUUUGGCCUUUACACGCCUGGUGCUAGAUACGAGAGUAUUCUCAUGUCUCUACCUUUAACAGCUAGAUGGGAAUAUAUGCACCAACCAGAUGAAGAUUCGAAGGAAGGUAGAUUAAUCGAAGUUCUAAGGAAUCCUAAAAAUUGGCUUGAAAUUAAAUCGUAAAUUUGUGAUAUUAUAUAAAGUUAAAAACUGAAAUAAUAGUUUUAUAUUACUUAACAUUUAUUAUACUUAAUGGAAAUGAGGCAAUAUACUUUAGGUAAUAGAGUAAUCUAUUUUAGUAGUAAAUGUGAAAAUUGUAAGUACAAUUGAAAUGAAUUAUUUUUAUAACAUUUACUCAUCAAAUGAGCAUGCACGUGUGAUAAGGAGGGACAGAGGAAUGUUACUUUAAAAAAUGUAUGUUUAUGAUAAUAAAAUUUUUAAUUUGACUAUAA